GCUAGGUGGCUCCGCGCAGCGCUGUCACACGGCGGCAACGGCCGGUCCUUCCUCCUCGCCCUCGUCCUCCUCGCCCCGCAGCCCCGCGCCCGCCCGCCGCCAUGGAGCCGCACCCGGCCGACAAGAAGCUGUUCGAGAACCUGUCGGGGUCGGGCAAGGCCAUCGGGGUGCUGACCAGCGGCGGCGAUGCGCAAGGUAUGAAUGCAGCAGUACGUGCAGUAGUGCGCAUGGGAAUCUAUGUAGAAGCCAAAGUGUAUUUUGUGUAUGAGGGUUACCAGGGUAUGGUUGAUGGAGGUGACAACAUUGUUGAAGUCUCAUGGGAAAGCGUAUCAAGUAUCCUGCAAGUGGGUGGAACGGUUAUUGGGAGUGCACGCUGCAAGGCAUUUCGUACCCGGGAAGGUCGUUUGCAAGCUGCUUACAAUCUUGUUAAACGUGGAAUCACUAACCUCUGUGUGAUUGGUGGGGAUGGAAGCUUAACAGGUGCUAAUCUUUUCCGUGAAGAAUGGAGUGGACUUUUAGAGGAACUGGCAGAAAGUGGCAAGAUUGACGAAGAGGCAGUUAAGAAAUAUGCUUACCUCAACAUUGUGGGUAUGGUUGGGUCCAUUGAUAAUGAUUUCUGUGGUACUGAUAUGACCAUAGGAACUGACUCAGCCUUGCACAGAAUCAUUGAAGUUGUGGAUGCAAUUAUGACCACUGCCCAAAGCCAUCAGAGGACCUUUGUUCUGGAGGUUAUGGGAAGACACUGUGGGUAUCUAGCCCUUGUGAGUGCCUUAGCUUGUGGUGCAGAUUGGGUACUCAUUCCUGAGUACCCUCCAGAAGAAGGAUGGGAGGAUAAGAUGUGUGUUAAGCUGUCUGAGAACCGUGCACGAAAGAAAAGGCUGAAUAUUAUCAUUGUAGCAGAAGGUGCCAUUGAUUCUCACAACAAAGCCAUAACAUCAGAGCAAGUUAAAGAUCUUGUGGUUCGGUGCCUGGGAUUUGACACUCGUGUGACUAUACUGGGUCAUGUUCAGAGAGGUGGUACACCAUCAGCUUUUGAUAGAAUUUUGGCAAGCCGUAUGGGUGUGGAAGCCGUCCUUGCCCUGCUUGAAGCUACACCAGAUACUCCUGCUUGUGUUGUGUCCCUGUCUGGAAACCAGGCUGUACGUCUGCCUUUAAUGGAGUGCGUGCAGAUGACUCAAGAAGUACAGAAGGCAAUGGAUGAAGCAAGGUUUAAGGAGGCUGUGCAGCUUCGAGGAAGGAGUUUUGAAAAUAACCUUAAAACCUACAAAUUAUUGUCUCAUAGAAAACAAGAUGCAGAGCUUCCAAAGAGUAAUUUUAAUGUGGCAGUUUUAAAUGUAGGUGCCCCUGCAGCUGGGAUGAAUGCUGCUGUGAGGUCUGCAGUGAGAGUUGGCAUAACUGAAGGACACAAAAUGUUUGCUAUCAAUGACGGAUUUGAAGGUUUUGCUAAGGGGCAGAUAAAGACAGUCAGCUGGGGAGAUGUUGGAGGCUGGACUGGCCAGGGGGGAUCAAUUCUCGGCACAAAACGAACCCUUCCUGCAAAGUAUUUGGAGAAGAUUGCUGACCAGAUGCGCACUUAUAAUAUCAAUGCCCUUAUGGUUAUUGGUGGAUUUGAGGCCUACCUGGGACUUUUGGAACUGUCAGCUGCCCGUGAGAAAUAUGACGAGUUCUGUGUUCCAAUGGUUAUGGUUCCUGCAACUGUAUCCAACAAUGUACCGGGUUCAGAUUUCAGCAUUGGUGCAGAUACUGCUCUGAACACUAUAACUGAUGCCUAUGAAAGUUGUCUGCAAUUAUAUGAGGCGCGUUCCCGCUUUGAGGAGUUUUGCAUACCUAUCUGUGUAUUGCCUGCUACUAUUAGCAACAAUGUACCAGGCACAGACUUUAGCAUUGGUGCUGACACUGCCUUGAAUGCUAUUGUAGAGACAUGUGAUCGCAUCAAACAGUCAGCCAGUGGGACCAAACGUCGUGUGUUCAUCAUUGAGACCAUGGGUGGUUACUGCGGUUACCUGGCCAAUAUGGGGGGCCUUGCUGCAGGUGCUGAUGCUGCUUAUAUCUUUGAAGAGAAGUUUGAUAUUCGAGAACUCCAGGCUAAUGUGGAACAUUUGACGGAAAAGAUGAAAACCAGCAUCCAGCGUGGUCUAGUGCUGAGGAAUGAAAACUGCAAUGAGAAUUACACAACUGAUUUCAUCUAUCAGCUGUAUUCUGAGGAAGGAAAAGGUGUGUUUGACUGCAGAAAGAAUGUAUUGGGUCACAUGCAACAAGGUGGUGCCCCUUCUCCGUUUGACAGAAACUUUGGGACGAAAAUUUCUGCAAAAGCCAUUCAGUGGAUCUCUAAGAAACUUGUGGAAACAUACCGGAAAGGAAAAGUAUUUGCCAACACUGAUGACACUGUUUGUCUGCUGGGAAUGCGCCGGCGCAAUCUUGUUUUCCAACCUGUGGCUGAGCUUAAGGGUGAAACAGACUUUGUGCACAGAAUUGCUAAGGAACAAUGGUGGCUGAAACUCCGGCCCCUGAUGAAAAUUCUGGCCAAAUACAAGACUAGCUACGACGUCUCCGAUUCAGGGCAGCUGGAGCAUGUAGCAAUGCAUAGACCGAAAGAAGCAGAAACUGGGGCCAUCUAAAGGAAUCCUUUUAGAUACAGUUGUAAUAGACCUACAUUGUGUGUAACAAUGCUUUAGAAUAUAUUGGUUACAGCUUUGUUUUGUAACACUUAAAUUAUUGUAUCAGCACUUUAUGUGAAAUAAGAAAUUUAAAAUCUCAGAUUCCUUGCCCAGUAUUUGUCUUAGGUUUGACAGAAACCCUAGCAUCUAACAAACACGCAUCAGUUACCGAGGCAAUCCUUUAUCAACAGUAAGUUCAACAUAAUUCUAUGCACUCAGUGUGAUAAUCUAUUCAUUUAUUGCACUUCGUAUCCAAGAGUAUUCACACUCCAAGUAUAUGUAGAAGGCUAGCUUUAUGUCAAAUUACAGGUUAUGUUUAUGUACCCGAAGUGGAAUAAAGUACCCUUGCAAACAAAUAAUAUAAGUAUUUGUGUGUUCUUCAGUGCAAAUUCUACUUCACUGCUAAGAUACCUAUGUAGUACUUAGUUUUUAAACCUUAAGCCAGGGGUUCUCAAAUGUUGUGAUGCCCAAGUACUGGAUGGCAGCAGCGGGGGAUGGGGAGCUUGUAUGCAGCAGCCGCCACUGCCAUCUACCACUCAAUGCUUCCCCAUGCAUACCCACUGGGAAUUUUGCAGCCCCCUUUUAAAAGUUGCUCGCGACCCCCCUGGGGGUGUGUUACCCAGUUUGAGAACCCCUGCCUUUAGCCAUGAAAUAAUAUUCUCUUGACCUCAUGUUCUACUUCUGUAGGCUGGUAGCUGCUUUCAGCCAUUCCUGCCCUGCAGCUUGGUUGUUAGGACAAUAUUCUGGGAAAUAUAAGAGGAUUUCUAGCACUUGAGGCAUGGGGAAGGGAAAGUGCUUAGAGUACGAGUCCUUAAGAACAGCUGCGACUUCUUUCGCAACAUUCGCACUUCAAAACUAUUCAUUUUGAACCCCUUUUUCCUCUUCCAGUGGGGUAUGGAAAGUUGCAUGUUAAAAUUACUAUUAGGCGACAGCUAAAGCACUUAUAGCAGCCAUUGCUCUGGGCAGCAGAGGAUGGACAUACCUGCACAGCUGCCUGUUUCUUCUAGAGACCAGUAACUUUUCUAUGAGGCAGGAAGGUAACCCUGAAAUACAGCCACAGUUGCCUGUGAUCCAUUAUGACAUUCCAGUUUUACCAUGAGGCUGAGUCACAUUAAUAACACUUUUUUCCCCUAUACCAUGGUCAUGUAUCUACUUUUAUCACGUUGAUUAACCAGAUUUACCUCUGGCCAAACUUUACUGAACAGAAGAAAAAACCUUACACAAAUGAGUGCUCAUCAAAAUAGCAGUUUAUGAAUUAGUUACCUACAGGGGAAGCAUGGUUGCGGGGAACUGCUGUUAUAGGUAGUAGUCAUGUAAUAUACAGCACAAAACCUGAGCAUUUAUCCAUGUCCUCAAACUACCAAAUAGUAGUGCAAACAGUCUAU